UGUGGGAGGCUUUGGAGAGAGGAAUGGAGAAAUGUAAUUACAUUAUAAUCUCAAAAAUUAAACAACAGCAACAACAACAACAACAACAACAAAACGUAUCUAUGUGAGACCGGCUUACUUCAUUCACUAACUAUAAUUAUCUCUGGGAAUUGUUUUUGAUGUAGGGUUUCACUCUAAAUAGCUCAAGCUGCCCUACAACCCUUUGUACUUUCUGCCUAAACCGCCAGAAUGCUGGGAUUGCAGAUGUCAGUCGCCAAGCCCAAUUUAAAAGCAUACCAAGUAUCAACUACGUGUCGGACCAGAAGCUUUCAAUAUUCUUACCACACUGGUUAUAGAACCCAGAGCCUUGAGGUAUCUAAUCAAGGGCAAGCUCUCCACUACAGGACUCAGAACAGCAAAACCCAAACCACAAUAAAACAGCGAAAGAGUCAGAGCUGAGAUGUGAGCAGCCCUUAUGCACUCAUAUUCAACUUUAACUCUUGGCUAUGAAUUCUUUCCAUUAUCUUGGCUGUUUUCUUUCCCAAGCUUCUGUUAACCAAGCCACUGGCUGGUGGCUCAUUGCUGUCCCUGCAAAUGCCACCUUACUUGUGCUCCCAGUAGGUGGCGCUGUACCAAGGGGCGUGCCUUCUAGGGGGCGUGCCUUCUAGGGGGCGUGCCUUCUAGGCACCUGCCCCUCUCUGUGAUGUUCAUAAGGGUGACGUUCUGUCUUACGUCAGUGCUGCUCUGUCAGCGUUGCUGCCUUGCCGCCAUUACUGCGUUUGCCGUUGUCCUCGUCCUCGUCCUCGUCCUCGAUGCUAUCGGGAGGCUGAGGUGGUGAGAGGAUUGGCUUUGAUUUUUGUGAGACUGGACAAAGACCAGUCUAGGACUGAGCCAGUGGGAACAGGGGAACAGAUUGAUGGCACAGCCUGUAUCUGUGACCGUUGUUUGACAGCGACAGAAGUGUGUCAGAUGCUAGAGUGACUAGGCCUCAUUGACCAUGGCGGUGGACUUGGGGGACCACUCCAGUGGCUUUCGCCACAGUGAAGUGAUUAGAUUUAUUAACAAUGAAAUCCUCAUGAAUGGAGGUGGGCCUGAAUUCUACACGGCUUUCCGCAUGCGACCCUGGAAUGAAAUAGAAGACCAGCUUUGCACCAUUCUGAUUGACCCUCAGGUGCCACGUUCUUUCAAAAGGGCCUGCACCUGGAGUGCCUUGGCCCUGAGCGUGCGAGUAGGUGAGAGGCAGCGUGAGCAGCAGGCUUAUAUGGUAGGGUUGCCACAAAAUACAAUAGGGCAGCACCCCUCGGCUCCCAGAGCCUCAGUCUCAGAGCUGUGGCAGCUGAGUCAACAGCGAGAGGAGGCAGUCACCCAAUUGCUUUCCACUCAAGCUGCCCUACAGCAGGCCAUGAGGGAAUGUGAUGCGUUGCGCAGGAGGCUGUACCAUGCUGAGAGGUCUGCCCAGAUGGCUACGAUGGUUCAAGAUAUGGUGCCGAGAGCUCAAACCCAGCAGCUUGGUGCUUCAGUGGUGCCUCUGAAUCCAGAUCAUGCAAGAGUUAUGGGUGCAAUGGGUGGGUACGACAGGCACUAUUUGGAGGCACAGGCAUCAGCUGCAACAAAUGUUUUUUACAUGCCGGGAAGAACAAGUUCCUGGCCCCUGGCCAUGCAACCUUCUGUGCCAGUUCCAGUUCCAUACCAAUUCCCACCACAUCCACAAUUCCUAAUGGGAUCUCCAUUCGUGAUGCCCUUUUCACCUCCAGUAGUCAUGGAAACAGAAGGUGUUGUAGUUCCAGUUCAGAUGCCUCCUGUGUAUCAAUCAAGUCCAUUUGCUGCACCAUGCUCCCAGGAUCCAGCUGGUCUACGGGACCAGAGAAGCUACAUGGCUGCUGAAGCUCCUCCAGCCAUCCAGCGUUCUUUUCCUCCAGGGAACAUCAGAGACUUCAGACAGGAGGGACGCCCAGAGAAGUCGCAGGGGACAGAUACCAGGGGAGACAAUAGAAGCCACAUUCAAGGGCAAGGUCCACGAAGAACCCAGGAGAGGGCUACCUUAGUGGAUACUGGAAAUGAUAAUGAAAAAAAAGAAGAAAAUGGAAAGGAAGAAGAGAACAGAGAGAAGGAAGUAACACGUGCAGUACCAGCAGAAGUAGUAGCAGCAGCAGCAGCAGCAGAUGGUACAGAAGAAAAAGGAGAAGAAAAAACAGCAGCAGUAGCAGCCGCCGCCGCAGCAGCAGCAGCAGCAUACAGUAAUACUGUAGACAGCCUGCAGAGUCUCCAGGAACUACAUCUUCCUGAGGAAGGUGAGCUCCACAGCCAAAGUGAAAAAUGUCCCCAGGCAACACCUCUGCUUCCCUUGGGCUCGAGGAGAAGUCAAAUCAAAAAAGGUGUGAAGGAGGUCCAGCCAACCCAUGUGUGGGAGAGCUGGAGCCAAGUGGUGAGAGACAGCCCAAAGAAACAACAGCCUCAGCUACGGAAGAAGGAUAGGAAACCACAAAUGGGAGCAGCUCCCGAAUCCCAGCCUGCCUCAGCAUCGGGGUCUGGCCAAGGUGUAAAGCUAUGAAUUUUUCCUUGCUCCAAGUCUGCUAUAAGUGCAGAGCUUAUAUGGCAGCUGAGGAUGGAGGACAAACACACUGAUUGCAGAA